AUGCGCUUAUACCUUACCGUCCUUCCAUGGCUACCUAUCCUCAUCGGGCAAAUCCAUUUCGCCCGCCCUCAAAAGCUCACCUCUCGAGUGCCUAUACCUCCUGAGCAAUGCAUCAUAGCAGAGACUUGGCCUACCGGCCCAGGUCAAGAUCUUGUACCACAGGCCCCUGAUGCAGAGCUCCAGCAAAUGCUUCGAAAUGUCGACCCCAAACGUAUUGAAGCCAUUAUCCAAAAGCUUGUCUCGUUCGGAACACGGCAUACGCUUUCGAAUCAAACUGAUCCCGUCAGAGGUAUCGGUGCUGCAAGAGACUGGAUCGCAUCCGAGAUGCGCUCCUUUUCUCAGGCUUCAGGUGGGCGAAUGAAAGUUUCCGUCCCCAGCUAUGUCCAAAAGCCGGCGAACCGAAUUCCCGUCAACACCGUCAUCAGCGACGUUGUGGCUACACUACGAGGCUCGAGCGAACCCAACCGCGUGUAUGUCAUCUCAGGUCACUACGAUUCCCGCGUAACCGACAUCAUGAACUUCGCCGAUGACUCGCCUGGAGCCGAUGAUGAUGCCUCCGGUGUAGCUACCGUCAUGGAACUCGCCAGGAUCAUGGCUUCUCACCGACCAGCCGCAACCAUCGUCUUUGCCGCAGUUGCGGGCGAAGAACAGGGAUUGUAUGGUGCAGACUUCCUCGCGCAAUCGCUGGUGGACUCUGGGGUUGAUGUCCAGGGGAUGCUGGACAAUGAUAUCGUGGGGAGUUCCACCGCUGACGACGGCACUCGUGAUCCAUUCGUUAUACGCAUGUUCGCGCAGGGUGUGCCCUCGAGUGAAACGGCCUCUCAAGUCUCAACAAGGUUAUCCGUUGGUGGCGAAAAUGAUUCGCCAGCAAGACAGCUGGGCCGGUUCGUGACUGAGGUUGCAGCCAACGAUGUGACUGAGAUGUCCAUCGAAAUGAUAUACCGUCAGGAUCGAUUUCUCCGUUCGGGAGAUCAUAUCCCCUUCCUCCAACGCGGUAUCGCAGCAGUUCGAUUCACGGAGCCUCACGAGGAUUUCAAGCACCAGCACCAAGACGUUCGCGUCGACAACGGCGUUCAGUUUGGUGAUCUCAUCGACUUCGUCGAUUUUGAAUUCACAGCCCGAGUAGCGAGGGUUAACGGUGCCGCAUUGUGGUCUCUGGCCAACGCCCCUGGCACGCCUAAGAAUGUCACCAUCAAUACGUCGGCGCUAACCAACAACUCUACGCUUACCUGGGCGCUGGACAAUCAUGCGACAGGGGGGUAUGAGAUUGUGUAUAGGAACCCUCACGAGCCAUUCUGGACACACGUCGUUCCCGUUGGUCGCAGCAACACAGCGACGCUGAAACUGUCUAAAGACAAUGUCAAUUUGGGUGUAAGGGCUGUGGGAUCCAACGGGUACAAGAGUCCAGCAACCUUUCCGUUCCCCGGUUAG